GAGCCAUCUACGGGCCAUGGGGAGGUUCUGCUCUCUAUCAGCUACCUGCCAGCAGCUAACCGCCUGCUGGUGGUGAUUAUUAAGGCUAAAAAUCUCCAUUCCAAGCAGCUGAAAGAUCUACUUGGCAAUGAUGUUUCUGUCAAGGUGACACUGAGGCAUCAGUCCUUGAAGCUGAAGAAGAAGCAGACCAAACGUGCAAAACACAAGAUUAACCCUGUGUGGAAUGAGAUGAUCAUGUUUGAGGUGCCUCAUGAGCUCCUGCACGCCUCCAGCGUGGAGCUGGAAAUGUUGAGCCAGGAUGGUGCUGGGCAGAGCCACGUGCUUGGCAAAUGCAGCCUGGGCUUGCACGUCACGGGCACGGAGAGGAACCACUGGGAAGAAAUGCUGAGGAACCCCAGGAGACAGAUAGCCAUGUGGCACCAGCUCCACAUGUAG